UGUUCAAUUGCAGGAUGACGACAUCGUUGGAGACCCCGAACCAUUCCACUACGUAACUGCCGCGGCGGAAUCGCUGGAAUCGUAUGUGAAGGAACAGACGAAUACGAGCAUAGUAAAUGCUGAUAUUGUGCUGUACAUAAGCGGGGCAAUUUUAAGGUCAGCCACCUUCAAAGGAAAGCGUUACAAUGCCUGGAGCCCAAGCGGCACAAUUUGCACACCCAGAAAGGGAGUGGCGGCCGGCUUGUAUAUUCCGGACUUUGACAAGAUGGAAAGUAUCAUGUUCGGCAUUCUCAGACUCCUUGGAAGUGAUGAGACUGGCGGGGUAGCAGCAAAUCUGAAGACCAAGUCCAAGACUUGUUUGAAGAAGAAACCGCAGGGUGUGCGUAGCAACGUGACCCAGCUUCCAGGAGAAGUCCUCGACGGAACCGUCUAUUGCAAAGAGUUUGCAGGCAACAGCGAUGCCUUCUCAUUAUGUGAGACCCUUAAGGAUGGUUGCACCCUAAGUUGUUGUUGGAAGAACAUGACGAGAGAAACCCGAAAAACUUCAGCGCCAGAUGGCUUCGGAUGCGGCAAGAGAAAGAAAGAGAUGUGCUUCAUGAACACGUGUAUACUACGGAGUUCGCUCAAGAGGAAGGGCUCAAAGAAGAAGCCCAAAAAGCAAUAAUUCUUACGCUACACCAGUCAAUAAAGAUGGG